AUGCGGUCGAACAACCGGAACAAUCACUUCAUUCGCUUCUCGUCCAACUCUAUCCACGCUCUAUGCAAUACCUUUGAGUUAACGGAGGGAGCAUUCCAUGACGACCACAGUUCGACCCCUUUGACCUCCUUUUUCCUGAAACGUGAUAGUGGAUGGGUAGUAGGGCCCAAAAAUCAGCUCUUAUUCUGGGUACCCCCCGCUUCUCGACACGGAUUUUACAACCCUGCAACUACAUUGGUGAUACCCAGAGGAGGUCCCGAGCUUGAUUUGAGGUGCAUGGCACAUGGACAGUACUGGCACAAGUGUCGAGUGGAGUGA